AUGGCGCUGAGAGGGCAUUGCUCGCCGCAGUGCCCUCUCCCUCCUCUCCCGCCUUCCUCGUCGCAGUCUCUCUUCCCCACCACCGCACUGCAUGUGUGCGCGCGCGCGCCCUCCAAUGCUCUAUGGCCAGCCUUCUCUCCGACUCGUCUCGUCUCCCUUCGCCCUCAUCAAUUGCCGUGUCCCUGCCGCCUCGCCGUCGCACCCACACUGCCUAUUCGUCCGCCUGGCGGCGCGCCCUUUCUCCGACUGCUGUGUAUCCCCGCGCGCCCCACCACGGGGACCUUUCGUGCACCCCGCGCGUCUGCAUCUGACCCGCGCGGCGGGGUGCCAGCGGAGUGGGCGGAAGGGCUUGCCGCUGCGGGCACGACGCUGUACGACGUGCUGGGAUUGGCGCGGCGCGACGCGUCCAUGCACGACAUCAAGGUGGCGUACCGGCGCGAGGCGCGGCGCUACCACCCUGACAGUCGCGCGGCGGGGCUGAGCGAGGCGGAGAGCACGCGGCGGUUCAUCGCCGUGCAGCGCGCGUACGACGUGCUGUCGAACCCGCAGCAGCGCGCGCGGUACGACUGGGAGCUGCUGCACCCGCUGGUGGCGGGCGCACGGCAUGGGGCCUUGGGCAUGAGGACGGCGACGCGGUGGCGGCACGGGAUGCGGCGGCCGUGGAUGGGGCAGGCGAUGUGGGACGGCGUGGAGGAGCAGCUGGAGGUGAAGGCGGCGUGGCGGCAGCAGUGGCACUCACAGCUGGCAGGGCUCAGACACUCCCGCACACAGCGCUGGCAGGCGCGCAGUGAGGGGGGCGAGUCGUGGGGUGCAGCAAGGAGGCGAGAGCAGCAGGUGGAGGGCGUGGCAAUGCCCAGCGAGGUGUCUGCCAACAGCUGA